CCAAAAUCUAACCAAUUUUCAAUGUCUACGUCGUCACGGUGCCAAAUUGCAACCUGGAAACCUUAUUGACUCUUGUUUUUCUCCCUUUGCUUUGGUACACCAUAAGGUGGUCUCUGUAAUUGGCGUCGAGCGGCACGUAAACACAGUGCUCCAAGAAGGUCCCCAGUGCGUCAUUUAGAAUUUCUCGAAAUGAAUUUGAGGGAAAGCUUCAUGGUGGCACAAACUUAUUGAAUUAUGUACACAGUUUCUGUAAAAUUAUCGGAAACUGCUGUAGAGCAAUAAUUUAGCGAUUCCCUCGGCUCUGAGUUGCUGUUAUUUUGUACCGUAAUUUAGUUUUGCAUCAAGAUUGAUAGUUAAACGUACAAGGGGGCAUAUGAGUUUUUUUGUAAAUUUAACGAUACUCGAAACAACGUCUGGAAUUUUCUGCCCUUGGGAGGAUUAAUGUUAAAGGGAGCAUAUAAAGAAUUGGAGAUCUCGAUACUUCGUAUUGAGAGACGAUGGCACACUGGUAGGAUUCAAGGCGAAACCGGAUCAACAAAUGGCAGCUGCGGCCCAACCACUGAAUAAUUUCACAGUUCGAGGCUGUCAGAUUAUGUCGAUUGAUCGACCAAAGCCUUACACAUUCGUAAUAAGGGGUUUACAAUGGACCAAUGUUAUUGAAAGGACGUUUCAUGUUGAAACGGAGCAAGAAAGAGAAGAUUGGGUAGCAGCUAUUAGGUAUGUGGCGGAUCGGUUGGCUAGCGAGGAGCAGCAGCAGCAACAACAACCCCAGUUCCAGAGAUCUUCAUCGACGGAAGACGUCGACAUGGAAUCUACAGGAGGUGGUCGAUCAGAUUCUUGCAGUUCCUUAAGUAUUGUAUCUUUAGAAGUCGACGGAGGCAGUAUCGAUGAAUUGUCUGCAAAAUUCAGUGUACAAGGAACUUCGAGCAGUAAGAGCUCCGGAAAGAAGAAAGUUACCCUCGAGAACUUCGAAUUCCUCAAGGUCCUUGGCAAGGGCACGUUUGGUAAAGUCAUCCUUUGUAGAGAGAAAGCAACGGGUCACCUCUAUGCCAUUAAAAUCCUGCGAAAGGAAGUAAUCAUUCGAAAAGACGAAGUUGCGCAUACACUCACAGAGAACAGAGUCCUGAGAACGACGAACCAUCCCUUCUUAAUAUCGUUGAAGUACAGUUUCCAAACAGCGGACAGAUUGUGCUUUGUGAUGGAGUACGUAAACGGCGGAGAACUGUUCUUCCACCUAAGCCGAUCCAGGGUUUUCGGCGAGGAUCGUACGCGUUUCUAUGGAGCAGAGAUAAUCUCGGCUCUAGGUUACUUGCACUCUCAGGGCAUAAUUUACCGCGAUCUCAAACUCGAGAAUCUUCUCCUGGACAAGGACGGUCACAUAAAGAUUGCUGACUUCGGUCUAUGCAAAGAGGACAUUACCUAUGGAAGGACGACGAAGACAUUUUGCGGCACUCCAGAGUACUUGGCUCCGGAGGUCCUCGAGGACAACGAUUACGGGAGAGCCGUCGACUGGUGGGGAGUCGGCGUAGUGAUGUAUGAAAUGAUGUGCGGUCGGCUUCCUUUCUACAACAGGGACCACGAGAAGCUGUUCACCCUUAUUCUCCUGGAGGAGGUUAAAUUCCCCCGGACGAUCAGCAAUGAGGCGAAGGAUAUGCUUGGCGGUCUGCUGAUAAAGGAUCCUAGCAGGAGAUUGGGCGGCGGUCCCAACGACGCGAAAGACAUCAUGAACCACGCGUUCUUCUCGCUGAUCGACUGGUCGGACCUCGUUCAGAAGAAGAUCCCACCACCCUUCAAGCCCCAAGUCACGUCCGAGACGGACACGCGCUACUUCGACAGCGAGUUUACCGGCGAGAGCGUAGAAUUGACCCCCCCGGAUCAAGGCUGCCCUGGCAGCGGCGGCGGCCUCAACUCUAUAGCCGAAGAGCAGGAGCACUUCCAGCAGUUCUCCUAUCAGGAGAGCCUCUCCGCGGCGACAUCUUCCAUCGUAUCGAUCAACCACUGACACGACAUGCGCUGGAAGGCGCGAAGCCACGUCUGGGUUUGUCCGGCGCUCCAGCGGCCAUCGCGUCCUCAGGGGAUGAUCCCGAUUGCGACGAAGCCUCUCGUCUACACACCAUCAUACCCUCGGCCUUGAAACGCAUCCCCAAUGGCUAGCCGCCGCGUCUUGACUCGACCUUGGCUCAGGGGAUCCGCGCAAAUUUCUGCAAACCAAGUAGAGGCUCUAGGGAACGCUACAAGAGGCGCCGAGGUAGAGAUCGUCGAGAAAACAAAAUGGUACCGGGUCGACUGGCCCCGGGAUCCCCGGCCUGCGUUGCCUCUCGAUCUUCGGAAGGUUCAAAAUAAGGUUUAAUACUUAACACGGACGGGGAGAGGGGAUCGAGGGAUCUGUCGAGCUUGAAAACCGAAUCCACGCGACAGGCAGGGCAGUCGUUUAAAGUAGAGACGUCGUUAAAUCCGAAACCCGCCGCAGACGGCGUUGUAGGGGGCUCAACAAGGCUGGCUGGUCCCGGGGUUUCUGCAUAUCCUUGCUAGUCCCUUUUGGCAUUGAGGAACUCUCUCGCGAUUACGGAGCAGGUUGAGGGACCGGCCAAAUUUGUAAGCUCCUUGGUUCGACAACCAGGAGACGCUAUUAAUUCUAGAAACCGCCACGAGGGCCACCGUUGUAGCGCUCGAUCGCCAAGACCAUUGUAUAUAACAAGCGCUGAAGGGGAAAGUCCCCCGUCCGAAAUGGCCCACGUCAGAACUUAGAAAACGGCAGCAAACAUGGCGCCCACGCGUAGCAUCGCCUCGCUCUGAUUGGUCGACGUUGUUUUACGCUGAUGACGAAACGAUCACGUGAUUACUGAGUGUUGGAGGGGAGAACCUCACGAUCUGAAACUUUCUUGAGUUCUAAGUGACUACGUUUGCUCCACAAUACUCAAAAUCCGGGAUUCAUCGAGUCCAAACCAAGUAAAUCCGAAUUUAAGUGUCGAUCGAAUCUGCAUAAUUAUGAAUGCGAUGAAACGUGCGAUUUACUGGAUUCGGAUCUGAUAAAUCUAAAUUUAAGUGUCGAACAAGAUAUUCAGGAUCGAAUCUUUGUAAUUUUUAAUGCGA